UGGGGAGCCUAUGAGGGGUUGAAGGGUCAACGCUGGAAGUUUUGAGGUUAGGGGGAGUAUGAUUCUCCGGAGACAGUAGAUGUCAUUGCGCAUUUCUUUCGCCUUUUCCACUUGGUGUCAGUUCCGUUUGUUCAACCUAGUUUCAUUUGCACCAAGCCGUUGCAACCACGAUCUGUGUGUUCCUGGGAUCUCGACCUCCGCAAUGUCCUAUCGUCCCAACAACCAAGGUGGCCGUCGCGGCGGAGGUGGCCGCGGCCGCGGUGGAGGGAGAGGUGCCGGAGGCUCUCGCGGUGGGGGGCGAAGUGGGGAGCAGCGCUGGUGGGAUCCUGUCUGGAGAGCCGAGCGCCUUCGUCAGAAAGCCGCGGAGAUGGAGGUAAUGAACGAGAAUGAGUGGCGGGAAAGAAUUGAGCAAUUCAAGGGAGGAGGAGAGCAGGAGAUGGUAAUUAAGAGACACUUUAGUAGGGAAGACCAGGAUAGGUUGCAUGAUAUGUCAUAUCAUUUUGGGCUUCACUUCCAUGCGUAUAACAAGGGAAAGGUGCUUGUUGUGAGCAAAGUUCCAUUACCAAAUUACCGGGCUGACCUCGACGAUCGUCACGGAUCAUCACAGGAGAUAAAAAUGUCUACGGAGAUUGAAAAAAGAGUUGGAAAUUUAUUGAACCAUUCACAAGCAUCUGUGUCUAAAGGGAAUUCCCAUGCUAAAGACUCAAAUACUACCAAUUUAUCAUUUAGUGAUGUAGAUACUGCAACAGCCAUCCCUAUGCUGGAGACUGAUGCUUGCAAGGAGAAUCUCAAUGUUGAACUUAAGAAGAAGCAGGAAAAGCAAAGGGAAACUGAAAAUGUUAAGGCAAUGAUGCUAUUUCGAGAAAAACUCCCAGCAUUUAAAGUAAAAUCUGAUUUUUUGAAAGCCGUUGCCGAAAACCAGGUCCUAGUAGUAUCAGGAGAGACUGGUUGUGGGAAGACAACGCAGCUUCCUCAAUUCAUUUUGGAGGAGGCGAUAUCAUCUUCAUGUGGCACUAAUUGCAAUAUCAUUUGUACUCAGCCUCGUCGCAUAUCUGCCAUAUCUGUUGCAUCUCGGAUCUCCUCUGAAAGGGGCGAAGAUCUAGGAGACACUGUUGGUUACCAGAUCCGUCUGGAGUCAAAGCGGUCAGCUGAAACUAGGUUACUCUUCUGUACUACAGGGGUGCUGCUGCGGCGACUGGUCCAAGAUUCAUUUUUAACUGGAAUUACCCAUUUGUUGGUGGAUGAAAUUCAUGAGCGAGGCUUGGAUGAAGAUUUUCUCCUAAUCAUUUUACGUGACCUUCUUCCUCGGCGUCCUGAUUUGCGUGUCAUUCUUAUGAGUGCAACCAUUAAUGCUGAACUGUUCUCUAAGUACUUUGGAAAUGCACCCACGAUUCAUAUACAGGGACUAACUUAUCCCGUGGCAGAGUUAUUUCUAGAAGAUGUAUUAGAGAAAACUUCGUACAAUAUAAAGUCUGAUUUUGACAACGUUCAGGGAAGCUCGAGGAGAAGACGCCAUCAACAAGAAUCUAAGAAGGAUCCUUUGUCUGAAUUAUUUGAGGCAUGCUGAGUACUUCUCAUAUAAGCCUGAAAUUUUGUUAAAAAGCAUCAUUCUUUAGCACUGAUUGAAUGAUAACAGUGUAACACUUUUGCUGGACGUAAGGAUCCCUGGUCAUUGAAUUCUAAAACAGAUGGUGAAUUUUUCACAUGCUGUGCUACCACUGAAUUGUCAUAUGCUUUAACAAAGAAAGAUUUGCUUA